AUGCAUCUCCUCGUCGUCCUGCUGCUGCUGGGCGUCCUGUAUCCGAUAUGCGCCCGCUCCGAAACCCGCUUCCGCCGCCCGCCGGGCCCCGGUCCGACGGGGGAGUAUCGGGACAACCCCGUCUACACGCUGGGGAGCAAGAUCACGUUGCAAUGGGAGGCGGAUUCCAAGCCCGUGGACUUGCUGCUUUGGCAGCAGCAGCCCAAGGGGAACACGAAGCCGGCCGUUUCGCGGCUUGCUGUCGGCACAAUCGCGCGUAUUGUCCUGCGGGCGCCGGAGCUGACCGUCUUCACAGUCAACUCGAAAGCGAAGAGCCUGGUGUGGACUGUGGGCUACGACGGCUUCCCGCCGUACCAUGAUCCGGGUCUCAGCCCGGUGUACUUUCUUCAGCUGGUCAAAACCGGGGAGUCGGCGGGGAUCGUGACGUCUCAUUACUUCAACAUAACGGCGCCCGCGAGGACAACGUCGACAUUGUCCGCAAGAACAACGACCUUGUCGAGCAAAACAUCGUCAAAAACAACAUCAUCAACCAUCGCCACCACCACGACCACCGACCCGGCCACCUCGACAACGCUCGCCCUCGAAUCAGCAGAAUCGGCACUGGCGACAUCCUCUCCGACAGCGACGCCGACACUGACCCCGGUACCGACACCCACACCAGCCGCGAGCGCCGGCGCGCCAGCCCGCCAAUCGCGCAGCGGCACGGUCGCAGGCAUCGCAGUCGGCGUGACGUUCGCCGCGCUCGCGGUCCUCGGGUCCGCCGCGUGGCUGAUCCGCCGGCACGUCCAGAGGAACAAGCGGAUCCCGCACACGCAGAGCGACAUCAUCAUGUACGCCGAGCAGCAGCUGCGCGAGAAGGACGCCCUCGCGCGGCGGGGGGCGGCGGCGACGCCGACGCUGCCGUGGAAGCUGGGCUCGGCGGCCGAGAGCCAGGAGGCGUUUGAGUUCGCGACGUGGGAGACGAGGCACGAGUUGGCUGCCGACCCGGUCGGGCGGAGGAGCAAGAGAGUGCGGCCGGGAUCUAUGGGGUCGGGGCCGGGGUCCAUGAGGUCCGGGUCCUUGGGGUCGCGCUCGGAACUGUGGGGCGGUUAA